AUGAGCACGACGAGUACCACUACAAUUGCAACAAUGGCAGCUCCGUUGCCGUUCACCAACUCCAAGAUUCAUCGAAGCAGGAGAUUCGCGACGAUGAUAAGGUGUGACGUGGGAGAAGAUUCAUCGCUGAAGAUUGGAGCACGUGUUAGGGUGAAGGUUCCUCUGAAAGUGUAUCAUGUUCCUAAAGUUCCAGAGGUUGAUCUCAGUGGUAGGGAAGAUAUUCAAGGUCCUCGUGGUCCUCUCAAGUUCGUUGCUCACCUCAGGGAUGAUGAAUUCGAAUUACUCGAGUAA